UUACAAUAUUAUUAUGAAUAUCAUCACUUAAAAACUCCACCAAAUGAAAGACAAUGUCAAAGCUAUAAUCCACAGCUUCAUACAAAUUAGUUGCUUCAUCGAUCAAUCCCAAGCAAGAAUGAGAUUGCGGAUUAAACGCAGAGUCAUGCAGGUCCUGAUGAUCAGUCUUGUGUUUAUGUUAACCUUAAGAGGAGUUGUGACAGAUCCUCAGACCAAGCUGCUAAACCAAGAAUGCAGCCAGUUCAAAACUCCCGACACUCUGUCGAAUUUCAACAGCAAUUUUAACAAAACAUUUGGCGACAUCAGGAGCCAGCUGCGGUCUAGUGACGUGCACUUUGCUACGUCGUUUAGUUUAGAUGUGUUUGGGAUGGCGCAGUGCAGGAACUAUCUGUCUACUGCAGACUGUGUGGCUUGUGUCGAUGCUGGUGUGAGUCAGAUGGCGCGGAGCUGCCCUGCCUAUGAUGGUGCUCAUGUCGUUUUUGAAGGCUGCUUCCUCAGGUAUGAGGCGCACAACUUCUUUAAUGAGCUUACAUUUCAAGACAAUUCCGGGGUGUGUAGCAUUAACCGGAGUGUAUCCCAGGCGGCUGCUUUUAAUCAAGUGGUGGAAGGGCUGCUACCUGAUCUUGUAGCUGCCACACCAAAGAUGAAUAAGGCCUUUGCCGCGACUACAAGGCAAGUGUUUGAUGUUGGGGCAACAGCAACAGUUUAUGCUGUGGCUCAAUGUAUUGAAACUAUCAGCAAGAGUGAUUGCCAGAGUUGCUUGACAAUUGCCUAUAAUAACAUACAGAAUUGCCCUCCAGAAGCGGAUGGUAGUGCCAUCAAUAUGCGGUGUUUUAUGAGAUACUCCAACACCUCCUUUUUUCCUGACAACCAGAUAACUAACAUCGCGCCAUAUCUAAAAGGAGGAGGUUCGAGUAUGAAGACAGGCAUCAUUGGAGCUGUAGUUGGAGGGUUGAGCUGUCUUUUGCUCAUACUUUCGUUCUUUUUAUGGAAGAGAUUAAGAAUGUCUAAAGAGGCUGGAAGAGGUGAUAUAUCAGGCAUAAACGGUCUGCAAGGGCCACAAAUAUACAGCUACAGAGAUCUGAAAGCCGCGACAAAAGAUUUUAGUCUAGAAUACAAAGUAGGAGAAGGAGGUUUCGGAGAUGUAUACAAGGGCAUUAUAAAGAAUGGGGAUAUAGUUGCAGUAAAGAAACUGGCUAUAAUUUCAGCCCGAAUAAAUACUGAAUUCGAGAGUGAAGUUCGGCUUAUAAGUAAUGUUCAUCAUCGAAACAUCAUCCGUCUGCUAGGCUGCAGUGCCAAAGGCCCUGAGAAACUUCUUGUCUACGAAUACAUGGAGAACGGAAGCCUUGAUACGUUCUUAUAUGGGGACAAACGUGGGACUCUCACUUGGAAACAAAGGGCCGACAUUAUUUUGGGCACGGCCAGGGGCCUCACCUAUAUACAUGAACAAUUUCAUGUCUGCAUCAUCCAUCGAGAUAUAAAAUCUAGCAACAUUCUGCUUGAUGAUGAUUUUCAACCGAAAAUUGCUGAUUUCGGGCUGGCAAGACUUCUGCCUAAUGACCAAACUCACCUCAGCACUAGGUUUGCAGGGACCUUGGGAUACAUUGCACCAGAGUAUGCAAUUCAUGGACACUUGUCUGAGAAAGUCGAUACCUAUGCCUACGGAGUUAUGGUGCUUGAAAUCAUAAGCGGCCAGAGAUGCAGUGAUAUGACAAAUGAGCCUGGCAAAGAAUCUCUUCUUCAAUACGCAUGGAAGUUGUACGAGAACGACAUGCAUUCGGAGCUGAUAGACGAGACGUUAGAUCCAAGUGAAUAUGAAGUGGAAAAUGUAAAGAAGAUAAUUGAAAUCGCCUUGAAGUGCACACAGUCACCAGUUUCGAUUAGGCCAACGAUGUCUGAAGUGGUGGUGCUGCUUGUAAAGGAAGGAUCAGUGGAACAAAAGGCGCCAAGCAAACCAAGCUUGGUCCAGUUGGAUCAGAAUGUCAUUGCUGGUGUUUCAGCAUCUACUGAACCAUCAGUCUCCGGUGCCUCGCUUACUUUCACCGACUUUAAAGGUCGUUAGCAGAUUUUAGUGUCAUUGAAAUAUCCGAAAACGCGCUUAAGUUAUCUUAUAAACAAAAAAUGUACGGAUUUUUCAUCUUGAAAGUGAUUUACAGAUCGGUAUCAAAUGCCUCCCUGUUAAAAAGGUGUAUAACUAGAUGUGUCAAUUGUGUUGUAUUUUCAGGAUUUUGUGUAGGGUGAAAUUCAUAUCUAAUUUUUC